UAUACUUUCCACUGAGCCCUUGCCUUGCGGCCACGUUUGCGCCACCUACAGCCCGGGAGGGUGGGCGUCAUGGCGGCUUCUGGGCCGCUCCCGGUGACCCAGGACCUGUCCACGUUGCGUGCCAAGUUGCAGGGGCUGCUGCGGUUCCUGACGGAAGCCCUGUCCAUUUCCAGUGCACAUACGGUGGACUUCUACACGGAGUCCGUGUGGGAGCAAGUGGUCGACUUGCCCCCGGAGACGGUGCUGGCGGCGCUGAGAGCGGCGGCGGAGGCGGAGGCCCAGCCCUCGGAGGCGCGCCUCCAGGUGGAAGCCGAGCGUGGAUCAGAUAUUACUGAUUUUCCAAAAACAUUUUGUGAAACUUCCCAGAAGCUGGUGAGUGUGGAAGCCUUCGCUCUGACUGCUAAAUAUUAUUCUGUACAAAACUUGGGAAUAUGUACUCCUUUUGAACAGUUGCUUGUAGCCCUUCGUGGAAAUCAAAAACAGAGAACUGAUGAAAAUGUGAAGCCAGAUGAGUUUAUGAAUUUGAAAAAAUCUCAUGAAGUUCAGGCAAUGUCAGAGCUCAUCAGCAGUAUUGCUGAUUACUGUGGAAUAAAGCAGAUAAUUGACCUGGGUUCUGGAAAAGGCUACCUAAGCUCCUUUUUGUCCUUAAAGUAUGGCUUAAAAGUUUAUGGAAUUGAUUCCUCAAAUACCAAUACUCAUGGAGCUGAGGAGAGAAACAGGAAACUGAAGAAACAUUGGAAAGUCUAUCGUAGGCGGUCAAAAUUAGAUGUCAAUGGACUGGCAUUACAAAUGGCAAAAGAAAGGAAAGUGCAAGAUGAAAUUAAAUUUAAAGCCGAUAUUGAGGGAGUAUGUAAUAGCAGUACUGCAAAUCAAGAAAAGAUGUCGACCUCGGACUUUCUGCCAGAUUUUUCAGCCUCUGUAAUUUCUAACAUCAGAAAACAAAUGGAAAACCUACAUGUUUAUUCACAUCGAGAAGAAAAUUUGUGUUUUGAAAAUGCCUUUUCUCUUAGGGACCUUUUGCCUAUUAAUGCCAUAGAACCUACUUCUUCAUCCCAUAUACCCAAGAGAAAAAUGUGUGAAGCAAAUAAAGAGAGAAGAAAAAUGACGUCAAAGUCAAAUGAAUCCAAUAUAUAUUCACCUUUAACAUCUUUUAUCACUGCUGAUUCAGAACUACAUGAUAUUAUUAAAGAUCUGGAGGAUUGUUUGAUGGUAGGUCUGCAUACUUGUGGUGAUCUUGCUCCAAAUACUCUGCGAAUAUUUACUUCCAAGUCUGAAAUCAAGGGAGUUUGCAGUGUGGGUUGUUGCUACCACCUCUUAUCUGAAGAGUUUGAAAACCCACAUAAAGAAUAUACCCAAGAAAAGUGGGGAUUUCCAAUGUGCCACUAUUUAAAGGAAGAGAGAUGGUGCUGUGGCCGGAAUGCCAGAAUGUCAGCAUGUUUGGCACUGGAGCGCGUUGCAGUCGGCCAAGGGCUGCCUACUGAAUCACUCUUCUAUCGUGCCGUACUUCAGGAUAUUAUUAAAGAUUGUUAUGGCAUCACCAAAUGUGAUCGGCAUGUUGGUAAAAUUUAUUCCAAAUCCUCUUCCUUUCUGGAUUAUGUCAGAAAGUCUCUAAAGAAGCUUGGAUUAGAUGAGUCCAAGCUGCCAGAAAAAAUUAUAAUGGACUACUACGAGAAGUAUAAGCCUAGAAUGAAUGAGCUGGAGGCUUUUAAUAUGUUGAAAGUUGUUCUGGCUCCUUGCAUAGAGACAUUGAUUCUUCUGGAUCGACUUUGCUACCUGAAAGAGCAGGAUGAUAUUGCGUGGUCUGCACUUGUGAAGUUGUUUGAUCCUGUGAAAUCUCCCAGAUGUUAUGCCAUUAUUGCGCUGAAGAAGCAGCAGUGAUUUCAUUGAAGCAAGGUAUUAGAUGUAUCUGUUUGUGGAAUCAAUUGCUAAUUUUGCUUUUCUAAACAUUAAUGCCAUGUUACGUAAAUAUUUGAAAAACAUUGCAAUAUAUUUUAAAUAGGCAAUAAAAUAAUAGCUAACAACAGAAUGCCUUAAUCCAUUUUCCAUUGUCAAAGCAUAUAUUAAUUUAAAAAAAAUUAAGAACUCAUGAAAAUACUAUAAAAGGAUUUGACCUACAUUUCUGAGUUAGUGCGUCUACAGGACAUUGUAAUCUGAGGCUUGUUUCCUGUUCAGUAUUUGAGACCCUUGUUAUU